GUGCUCGCUCGGCUCCUUCUUUCUCACAACGGCUUGGACCCGAACAACGUUUGGAUGCUUCGUGUGGACUCUUUCGUAGACUAUUCCAGAACGCAAACGGGACCGUGUACUAUAUUUUAACGUCCUAUUUUUUUACGACAUCUUGCACAAUUUUUGACACAUACGAUCACUUGUAUUUGUGCACGCGCACAGGUAGACGCGGUACCCCGGAAGAAGAACCCGUAAUGCAGGUUGCAUUUUUUGUUGUUAUGUAGCAAAGCCUAGCAUAAUGGAGGUGUUUACGCGUACAGUUUGAGCUUGUUUUAUUUUUUUAUUAAUUUUUUUCAAUCUCCAUAAGCCAAAAGUGAAGUUGAAACGACGGCGAAGCAACAUGAAGAGCGUGAAAAAGAAGCUGUGCGUCCUUAUAGACGUGCUGUGCGUGCUCGUCGCGGCAUUGCCCUUCAUCAUCAUGACCAUCGUCUUCAAACCUUAUCAAAGGGGUGUGUACUGCGAUGACGAGACCAUCAAGUACCCGCUGAAAGCUGACACUAUCAGCCACAGCAUGCUGGCCGCCGUCACCAUCUCCUGCACCGUCGUCAUUAUCACAUCCGGAGAAGCGUAUCUGGUGUACAGCAAGAAAAUAUAUUCAAAUUCCGACUUCAACCAGUACGUGGCCGCCCUCUACAAGGUGGUGGGCACCUUCCUGUUCGGAGCCGCGGUCAGCCAGUCGCUAACUGACCUGGCCAAGUUCACCAUCGGCCGGCCCAGACCCAAUUUCAUGACCGUUUGUGCGCCCAAACAGUGCACGGGCUACGUGCAGGUGAUCAACUGCACGGGCAAUCCUCAGGACGUCACAGAAUCCAGGUUGUCCUUCUACUCGGGUCACUCGUCUUUUGGCAUGUACUGCAUGCUCUUCUUAGCGCUGUACGUUCAGGCCCGGCUGGUGGCCAAGUGGGCUCGGCUCCUGCGGCCCACCGUCCAGUUCUUCCUGGUGGCCUUCGCCGUCUACGUGGGCUACACGCGCGUCUCCGAUUACAAGCACCACUGGAGCGACGUGCUGGUGGGGCUGCUGCAGGGGGCGCUCGUUGCCAUGCUAAACGUCCGUUUCGUGUCCGACUUCUUCAAGAAGCGUCCCCCUCGGCGCGCCAAGCCCGAGCACGGCGAGAGCGAGGAGCCGGAGAGGAAGCCCAGCCUUCAGUUCGUCGACUCGGAGCACGGCAACCAUUACAACUGUCACCCGGUGUGAGCGACCGCCAACAAGACGGUAGACCCCCGAAUAAGUGCUUUAGUCAGGCGUGUGCUGUCCCCCCCCCCCAUCUCCCAUCUGCUUUUCACUACCACUAGACUGACCGAGGGGGUUCCGCUUCUUAAAAAUACCUCCUUGUCCUCUUGGAGGCAGCAUAUGAACACACCGCGUGUUCAUGUUGAAGGCAAAGACUCUGAGAUGAUGUGUGAGCUCAACGACAGCGCAUCAAGACCUGACAACAAGCAUCACGAGCUCAUUCGUUCACCUGUUCUCAUUUCUGCUUUUCGUACUGACGUCGCUUUGUGUGAUCGUCUGUGUGGAUUCUAUUCAGCACACGCUAUUGCACGUGUGUUCAUCCUCAGACACAUCAUUAGGCACACCGCGCAAUACCAAACGAGACAAAUUCUGCCUUUUCACAGAAAGUAAUGCAAAUGUAGUAUUAUGAUGAUAAAAACUAAGGCGACAAAUCUUAAAAUGAACUUUUAAAGGCAGCCCGUGGAGCGAAGCCAGAAGAGGAGCUAAUGCUCCCUCUUUCAUGUUCCAGUUAGGUGAGUGGCAGCAUUUUGAACAAAAAUUACAAAAAAAGUUGAAAAUUAUUGAACUAUUACAAGAGAAAAUUUUUGUCAUUUUUAUGAGAACAAAGUCAUAAUUUUGCAAGACAAAUGAUGCAAGAUUAUGGAGAUUAAAGUCACAAAAUUGCUAAACAUUCUUGAUAUUUCAGAAAAAUGUGAUAUUGCAACGAAAAGGUUGUAAUAUAUUUAACAUUUAAACUUUUCUCUUCAAAAAAUUUUAUUUUAUGAGAAUGAAUUAAAAGAAAAUUUGCUUUCAAAAGGGUCAAAAUUUCAGGACGAGAGAAAAGUUAAAACUCCUACCUUUUCAAAAACUAAGUUGAAAUUUGUUUGAAAAAAAGUUUUAAUACUAUACAAGAAAAAGGUUGCAAUUUGACAAAAAUACAUUUCUACUUUUAUGAUUAAAAAAAACCAUGAAAAACAAUUUAAUAAGAAAGUAAUUUUGCUAAAGAAGAGAAUAGGUGUAAUUUUGCUUAAAAUUUGUUUCAAAACAACUAUUUUUUUAAUUACUAGGUUGUUUUUUUUGGGGGGGGGAAUUUGCAAGAAAAGAAUUAUGCAAUACAAAUUUGCCAUUUCGCAAGAAUAUAAUUGUAAUUUCUAUGAACCAAUAAAGUAUACAAUAAAUGAGUCAUUUGACCAGAAAAAAAAUUCCCCUUGAGAGUAUAAUUUAAAAAAAUAAAUAAUAAAAAACAGAAAACUACUACUAAUAAAAACAAAACAAAAAAAAAAAAAACUCUGCUGGUUACCUCCAAGUAGAGAACUCCAUUUUGUGUCAAAAGACAUUUAAUCAACAAUCCAUUCCACACCAUUCUUGAUGCACGAUUGAUUCGAUUUGAGCCAUUUCUUAUUAUAUAGCCCCUUUGAUUGCAUUAUUACAAUUUUAACGGCAGAUUUGUCCAUACAGCUCUAUCAGUAGUUUUUGUGUGUGUGUGCGUGUGUGCUUGCGUGCAUGCGUGGGCAGUUGUAUGCAUUUGUGCAUUGUGUUAAGUUAGUGCGGUUGACCAUCUUUUUCUAUUUAGUGGCUGUUGGUGUCAAGUGAGUGAGAAUGGACUGCAAUGUGGAUUUGUAAAGCUCUGUUCGUAUACCACUACCAUGUUGCCCAAUUUUUAAUAAUCAUGUUGUAUUCAAUUGUAAACAAAGAAGGAAGGAAACACUUUUUUUUUUUUUACAGAAAAACUCUGUUAAUUUAUUGUAAAUAUAAUGUUGUUUUUCUAUUUUUAUUGUGCAAUCACCCUGCUUGCCACUUUGAGCUGCACAUGCUCUAGCUUAAGAAUGCUGCGAAGGAUGCGUCUCUUUAUAUACAAUGCAUUCUUAUUCUUUUAUAUUUUUGUUCUUGUUGUUAAAUAAUUGUGUGCGUGUGUAGUUGAGGAGUGGGUGAUCUUUUGUGCUCAAGGGGCCCUAUUUGAUUUUGAAAACGGACAGAUGAAAAAGGUCAUUUAUAGAUGAGUUAAAAUAAAAAUGGUAAAAUGUGUACAAUAUAUACCCUACUGUUCAAAAGUUUGGGUACAUUUAGAAUUUUUUUUGUUUUUUUUUGUUUUUGUUUUUGGAAAGACAAGCACUACUCUACAUACAGUGGUGCCUUGACUUAUGGGCUUAAGUCUUUCCAUGACCACAUUCUUUCCCUAUUGAAAUGAAAAUACAAUUAAUUUGUUCCAGCACCCACAAAACACAUUUUUUAAGGUGUAUAAUGUGUUAACAGUUAACACAAUUAAAUAGAAUGUAGAGAAUUAAACAGUUUGUGCAUCAUGAUAUUUCAAUUUAAUUUCGAUUGUGCUGCUCAAUCUGGUGUGUGGGCCUUGGCCACCAGGGGGCAGUAUAAUACAUACAGACAUACUACAUGUUGAUUUUAUGAUGAAACCGAAGAAGACUCACAAAUAAGCAGAGGUGGGUUGAGGAGCCAAAUACUGUACUCAAGUAAGAGUGGUGUUACUUUAGAAUGAUAUGACUCAAGUAAUAGUAAAAGGUAGUCCUCCAAAUAUUUACUUGAGUAAGAGUGAAAAAGUACUCAGUGAAAAAACUACAGCAGUAACUCAUGAGUGACUUUUAAUAUUUAAAUAAAUAAAUAAUAAAAAUCUGAGCAUGAUUGUCAAAUAAAAUAAAAAAAUAAUAUGUGGGAGUCCACACACACUGUCCAAAAACCAAGAACAUGCAUUGGGCCCUACAGAAAUAUUAUUUGCUUUAUUCACUUAAAAGACUAAAUGAAGAAGCCGUUUGUUGACCAGACUGUGUGUGUGUGUGUGUGCGCGCGCGCGUGUGUGAGAGAGAGAGCAAGAAUGCGAGAGAAACAAACAAACAAACAUCUGUAACUUACUGCAAGGUGUUUUCUCAAAUUAGAAGUGGGUCGAAAUGUCCAAGUUUGGCCAGUCAUAAUUUAAGACUAUGCUGCAUGACAAACCUGUUGUUUUUCUGAGUCUGUAAACAUUUUCUUCCUCCCAAAAUGAGUCACUUUGAUUGGCCCACGAAGGGUUUGUGUCCGCUCAUGUGAUGCCUUGUGCCAUCUGACUGGUGCAUUGGAGUCAAAUGACACUAGUGAUCACGCUAUAAUGCAUAAGUGCAAGUAGCAAGCGGCAUGUCGAUCAUUGUAAUGGAGUAAACGUAUCGUUUCUUCUUCACAUAAAUACACAAGUAAAAGUAAAAACGAACUACUCUUAAAAGUACAAUUUAUCCAAAAUGUUACUUGAGGAAAUGUAACAGAGUAAAUGUAGCGCGUUACUACCCAUCUCUGCAAAUGAGCUGCAAUAAAUGUAUUUAUGUAGAAAGAAUAUGUCUGUCUGCAUGUGUUGCCAUCCCUUGUGUUCAAAUCGAAGUCGUAUAAAGGUUUAUAAUAAUUGCAAUGUUAAUGCUAGUUUCGUUAGCCCAUCUACAGCGUUGUGUGUUAGCAUUAAGCUAGCUGCCUUGUGGAAGCGUUCAUGUCCUUUGGUUAAAUACACAAUGUGUAAUUCUCCUUGGUUUAUGUUUAGUUUUAAAUUGAACUUCAAUUGGGAUUGGCAAUAAACCGCUUGAAGCAAGCACUUUCUGCAAAAGGGCUGCUUGUGAAGUUAACAGUAACCAGACAAAAUAUCGGCAGCGCAACGGCUCCUUAUCUGGCAAAAUUAACUCACUCGUAAGUAUUGGUACCACUGUAUAGAUAUAGGUUUGUACUUAGGAAUGCAGUUAUUUGAAAGAAAAGCACUGUUUUUGGAAGAUUAGGUUCAUCCAUUAUCCAUGGUCUAUUCUGCUCAGUCGUAGACAUUAAAUUAAUCAGAAACACAGUCUAAACAUUGUUAAUAUGGUAAAACAACAAAAACAGUGGUUUUCCUUCCAAAGCAGCGAUAUUUCUACGUGACCUUUAAACUUUGUGUAAUGGUGUGUUUUUAUCUGUACAGUAGUGUUUGUAAAAUUGUGUAUUUUGAUAAUGCAAUAAUAAUUCAUUGUCAUGUUUUAAUUUUAGAGUGACCCCCCCCCCCCCCCCCCCCGACAUUUCUGAUGGAUAGGGAAUGAACCCUGUUGCUAGUAACGAAAAUCUGCAAUUGACGCCCCCAAAAAGGUUUGUAAUUGCCUGUAGAUGCCACAAGAUGGCGGCAAAGCACAUUUUCCAUUAGACAAGGCUAUAUGGUGUAGCUAAAUGAAGCUCCUCACCUCAGUUCAACAAAGUUAGACACUGCUUUAACCUGUGCACAAAAGAGGUGAAUAGGAGGUUUCACCAAAUAAGGGGAUGAUAGGUUUACAUUAAAAAAACAAAAUCCUCAAAUGGGUGAAUGGGGGAUUCAUUGUAUAUGUAUAGAUCCUGUGUACGUAUACUUCUGUUCAAAAGUUUGGGGUCACUUAGAAAUUCCCUUUUUUUUUUUUUAAAGGAGAAUUAUCCAGUUUUACGGAAAAAUGCUCUCAAAAUACCAGAUGUUACAGGGCACUUGAUAAUAUAAAUGGUCCGUGGGCCGGAUUAAAGACCGGAACGCCCCUAUGUAGCCACUGGGCUGUAUUUUGCCCACCCCUCGUGGAAAGAUCUGUUUCCAAAUGGUCAACAUGUAAGCCAGAUGUCCUCCACUGAGCUAAUGGCUGCAGUAGUGAAAGCUUACAAACUUAGCUUUAUUUUUUUUUUUUUUUUUUUUUUUGGAAGCUGGAGAAAGCAGGACGGCUACGACUUACGACGACGGGUCUGAUACAGACCCAAGAUGCGGCCGCUAAGAAUCUCAUAUAGAUGAAUAAGCACAAACAGCAGCUCCAGAUGAUGUGUCGUGUGAGCCCCUCACUCAUCCGCACUCACAACACACACCAACGUGUAGCAGCAGACAAACAUGCAGGUGCAAGUGUCACAAACUUUCUUAGCCUAUGAUGUUUUUAUUAGCGUGUGCCUUCCACUAGGUGCUAUUGAGUGUGUGUUGCCUUGUAAUUAUGAGCUUCACGUUGUGUUUGCUUGUACAUUUUGGAAUAAAGAUGGAAUCUGCAUUGACUAUCGUUGUUUUUCUCUACAGUGGUGGGAAGUAAACGCAGUACAAAUACUUUGUCCGUGUACUUAAACAGAAUUUCCAGGUAUUUUUAGGUAAGAAUAAAAGUAUGU